AUGAUUGUCAGAAACCUUCCCAUUUUCAAAGUAAAACCAGCAACGAGACUACCUGCCUUCAGAUAUGAUGGUCUCGAGAUGUUCAAUACGCUCAGAGACCAAACCCCUGAGCACUUUGUUGUGCCAGAGAGUAUCUUCCAGGGAUCCUUCAGCCCUGGCAGGGAGUUGGGCCUUGAUCUGGUCUCUCCAAAUCACGAACCUCCCGUACUCGUCUCUGAUCUCGUGGAGAAAAGCCCCCAGUACGCUGCGAAGGUUCAACAAGAGUGGAGGAGUGUGAAAUUCAGCUUCACUACGAAGAAGUGGGAUAGAAUAAAGGCUGAUCUCACACGCAUGAUUGAGCGUCUUGGCGUCGCUGCCUCCCUUGCCUGGGCAGUGCUCCACUUAGGCGGGAGCCUUUGGCUGAGUGAUCAGUGGGCCGAAGAUCAAGUGCAAAUUUUCUAUGAAAACGAUCCAAAUUUUGAGGUGGCGGCGCCUUCGCGGCACCCGUAUGUCUCCUUUAUUCUUUACCCCCCGGAGUCACCGGAAGAUACGACCAGGGAAAUAUGUUCAAAACCAACUCUGAAAACACUUGUCUAUGCCCUCGGAGUACUUCUUAUCGAACUUGGCAUCAACAAACCCAUCCCAAAAAACCUUUCCCCGUACGAGCGCAACGAGUUGUUGAUGCAAAAACUGGAGGAGACUGAAGAUCUCCAAGGAGGCCCUUAUAGACGUGCAGCGGAGCGAUGUAUCAAGUUGUCAUUUGAUCGGUCCCACAGCUUUAACUACCCGGAUUUUCAGAAGAAGUUCUUCGACACCGUGUUUGAGCCGGUCAAGGAUAUGUAUCUGAAUUUCCCGUGUUGA